AUGCAAUUCUUCUUUAUACUUGCAUUGAAUGGUAUCACACAAGGCUUCGACUACUUUGCAAAGAUUCCUACCAAGACUCUGAUCCCUAUGCGCCUAGGUAUCUCAGUCGUAUACACUUUCAUCGCGUCGUUGACGAGCACUGGCUAUAUUUGGGCUUUCCGACAAAACUUUGAUGUAACUGGGAGUCAGUUCGUCGAGUCCUGGAUGGCCAUCUGGCUGACCAACCACACAAACUUCCUCUUCAUCGACAUCGCUACCGCCAUCAUUCCAAUGGCUUACAUGUCGCACAUCAUCCUCACCUGGAUUAUCUUGAACGUCACCAGCACGAUCUUUCCGUUCGAGUUAAGCGCAGGUUUCUACCGAAUAGGAUAUGCCUGGCCAUACCACAACCUCUACGAGAUCCUCGUCAACAUAUGGUCCAGUGGCUGUGUGAACAGGCUGUACCGAAACCUGCCAAUCAUUUUUGCUUGGUGGGUUGUCUUGUUUGGGGUGAAUCUCUGGGCUCAGAUGCGUCGAUGCCGGCUUGCGAAGCAGCAGACGACGCUCGAAGGGCAGAAGCCGCCGCAGAAAGGUGGACCACCCGAGAAGCCCGGGACCGCUGAUUCCUCCGACUAG